CUAAAUAACAACUUGUUUCAACGAGGAUGACUGUCUUGAAUUUUUUCGCGCAGGAAAUCAUGAUUUGCGUUUGCUAUUAUUGUAAUGUUGUGUGUUUCGUCACUUUCUGUCACUUCUACACUGAUCACCGACAUUCCUCCGAACAACAAUACUUAAGACUUCAGAUUACCAGCGGAUUUGUGAAUAAUACUGUGCGAUGUUUGUUAAGAUUUUUAAUGGGUCUUUUCAAAUCAACCUGUCAUUUUAAUAUUUUCUUGCAUCACUCUCCGCUGCUUGCCCCCCUCUGCAACCACAAUGCGUCACUAGACAGCUGUCAAAAGGGCAUGUGACAGCUAUAGGUAGAUGUAAGAGGCAAGAGGUGUUUCAGAGUUACGACAUCGUCAACAAAAAUUUCAGAGUCUUAUUUUAGAAUUCGCUCAGCCGCUCAUUAUUGUGGCAGUGAAAAUCAUUGCAUAUUUUCGGGUAUAUUUGUUAUUUGGAAUUUUAGUAUUUUAAAGUUACACAUUUGUAAAUAAUAAAUACUUUCUACCCAAUCUUAAGCAACAGAUGGAUUGUAGAUAAUUGUUAUGUAAUAGAAUGCAAUAAUGAUUGUAGUUAGAAACUGACAUGUCAAACUUGAUUAUACCGUUUGUUUGGACUUUUCUUGGGUACUUCAAAACACUACUUGUCAUUUGCCAAACGUUAUUUGUAGUUAUAUUCAUACUACAGAAAACUAUUCGACACGUAAUUAUGCGUAAACUUGCCAAAAAUUAUUUCUGGGGUAACAGCUUUGUUUACAGAUGUUGAAAAAUAUUGUGCAAUCUCCAAAGAUUUGUGGAUGUGCACUCGAUCCAUCCAGAUGGAAUCGUUUCUUGGACUGUUCGAUCCAGGGGAGGCAAAGGGAAAGAGGAAGGAGACAUGGGACCGUUUUGAGAAUGAAGGGAACGGGUCUUCAGAUUGUGAGAGCUCUAGUAACGAUGAACUUGAUCAAGAACAAAUCAAUUCUGAUGGUGAAGAGCGGCUUCCUCCAGAGCCAGAGCAAGGAAAUAUUGAAUAUAAGUUGAAGCUGGUAAAUCCCUCAAGCCAGAGGUUCGAACAUUUGGUGACCCAGAUGAAGUGGAGACUUCGAGAAGGUCAUGGGGAGGCAAUAUAUCAAAUUGGUGUUGAAGAUAAUGGUCGAUUAGCAGGCCUGUCGACAGAAGAGAUGAAGGCUUCUCUGAAAACCUUGAGAGAAAUGGCUGCCAGACUUGGUGCUACUACAGAUGUUCUCAGAGAAAAAAUGACCAACAACCAUGUCAGUUGCAGUGACAAAGAAAAAAACAGACAGAACCAACAGAAAGAUGCAUCUGAAAACAAACGAGUUGCCGAAGUAUUAGUCAAAAAACUACGCAAAGAUGAUAGAGAAGAUCAAGAAAGUGUCGUAGAGUUAAGGCUAGCUGUAACUGGCGGACAAGAUGCUGGGAAAUCAACUCUUCUAGGUGUACUGACUCAAGGAGAACUAGACAAUGGUAGGGGGAGGGCGCGGCUGAACAUGUUUCGUCAUCUCCACGAAAUUAGAACAGGACGUACCUCUUCAAUUUCCCACGAGAUUAUUGGCUUUGAUAACGAAGGUCAUGUUCUAAACUAUGCAGAGAUGAGCACGGCGGAAGAAAUUUGCGAAAAUGCUUCCAAAGUUGUUACUUUUAUAGACUUGGCUGGCCAUCGUAAAUACCUAAGGACGACACUACUCGGGCUUACAGGAUAUUCUCCACAUCACGUCAUGCUUGUAAUAGCUCCUCCAAUAAACGAAGCCUUCCAGGAACACUUAGCACUUUGCCUUGCAUUGAGGCUGCCAUUCUUUGUGGUAAUAACCAAAACGGAUCUGGGUCUCUGCGAGGCUCGAAAAGCGCUCGCCCAGCUAGAAAGUGCGGUGAGAGCCCACGGGUAUCCAAAGCGACCGGUUUUAUACCCUGUUUCUGAUGGGAAUAGCAACGCGUCCAAAGCCUAUGAUUUGGAAAUUAUUCCCGUUUUUCCUGUGAGCUGCGUAACGGGAGAUGGCCUGAAAGAAUUAACUUCUUUCAUCAGGGAUCUGUCGCCUUCAGAAGUUGCUCCUUCAGAAUCAGACCCAGAGUCGUGCCUGUUCCAAAUCGACGAAACCUUCAGGGUAGUGGGACUGAAUGAACCUGUUCUUGGAGGGUUAUUGGUGAGGGGAAUUAUUGCUCCAGGAACUCGACUACUGGUCGGUCCUCUUCCUGACGGUGAAUUUAGUCCAGUCAAAGUUGCUAGUCUACAUAGAAACAAAGCUCCGUGUUGCCUGGUUCGUGCUUCCCAAAGCGCAAGUCUCACUAUUGCUCCCCAAACAUCUCGUGACCCUCCAUUACCCCACCUACGACCUGGGAUGGUCCUUGUCUCACCCAGAGAUCACCCUUGUGCGACUCUUUUUUUCCAGGCUACUGUUCUCGUCGUUUACCACGCAACGGCGAUAUAUCCAGGAUUCCAAGCAACGGUACAUGUGGGAAAUGUGCGUCAAACCUGUGCGAUCGAAGGUAUAAUGGAUUUGAAAGAGGAGGGACUCCAGACGAACAGCACAGCAUCCGUAUUGUUCAGAUUUCUUGGCCAUCCAGAAUAUCUUCACGUUGGAAUGCGACUACUAUUCAGGGAGGGACGUACCAAGGGCAUUGGUAAGAUCACCCAAAUAUUCCCUCUGAUAGGAUCUCAAAGUAGUCCGCAAUAAAGGAAAUUCAUAUAUGUUUUAAUCUUUAUUCAAAAAUGUCAUGGGAGAACAGAGAAAAAGAAUUGUUUAUUUUAAGCUGCAUACUGAAUGCGCAAAUUGUGCAUUCUUUAACACAAAAAAAACUUUUUAUUUUAUUUUGAAAACGCAGUUCCUUGCGCUAAAAUAAAUCACAUUUUUUAGUUGUUAAUCAAAACAAAUGGAGAAGAAGUAACAAAUAUUUAACGAACGUUUGUAUGGUUUACAUGGAUUACAGAACGGUGGUUAUUAUAGUAUGUAUAUUUUCAAACACAGCACCGAUAUCGGGUAGAGCAAAGUUGGGUGUAAAAUUAAAAAAUAAUUAGGAAAAGAUAAAUAUUUUUUUUGUCAGUAUUGGUCAAUCAUUCUCCGCAGAUAAGACCACUAUUUUCGAAUUAUAAAGAUGGGUUUAUUCGUAGUUUCAAAUGUGUAAUAUUUAUUUGUCUUAUUAUGUAGGUAGUUCAAUCGCAAUUGAUAACAGAUUGAAUUCUCUUACUAUAAGUCUGCGUGUGAUCGAAGUCUGUAUUAGUAUAAAUUUGUAGGUCAAGUUUUGACCUGCAAGAGAGUUUGUUAACAGUACGUGAACUCCGUCUUUGAGAAACUCUCGAACCAUAAGUUAACUGAAUAAAUCUAACUCGAAAUUUUCGAAAGAACAUGAUACUAGAUUAGGAUCAUAGCUGAAGGUUAAAAAAAAGCAAAACCUGUUGAAUGUUACAAAAUUCAUGUCCUGAUGCUAUUUAUUUGUGUUUGUACAUAAUACUUCUAUCGUACUUAGAGGAUUCUGUAUUACUUAUUGAUAUUAACUGACUAAUAAUGUUAUAAAUGUUAGAUUCCUAUUUUUCUUUUCCUCUAUUUCUAUUCGAAAGAAAUCUUGGAAGAUUACAAUUCGCCUCUAUUGGUUCGAAUAUGCUCCUAUAACAGUUUCAUGUCACCCUGAAGUUGGAAUAGUUGCCUAAAAAUAGAUAUAUAUUUUUUAAUUAAAAAGAGAGAAAAAAAACAA